GAAAGAUGUUCCCCCGGGCUGGCAGCCCGGAUUGGAAAGCUACCCUCUGAAGCUUUACUUCUCCAAGCUGAAGCUGUGGUACCGAUGCACGGAGGUACCUGACGAGGUGGUAGGCCCACUUAUCGCUGGCAGGCUGGUUGGACGAGCGCAACGCAUAGCUUUGGAACUCCGUCUUAUCCGACCGGACGGUACUUAUGAUACUGGGGAUGCGGCAUUGGUCCGCCUCUCAGUCGACCAAGUGCUGGACCCAACGGAUGGGGUCACAGUGCUGCAACACCACAUCCCCUCGGGGGUGCAAGCGCUGUGCAACGCGCUCAAGCAGGCCUUCGGCGAGACGGACGAGACGGCCACCACCAAGUCCUUGGAGAUGUUCUUCGAGUUUCGCCGCCCGGCCUCUCAGGACCUGCAGGAGUUCGCGGCCGAGUGGGAGCUAAGGUUCGAAGAUGCGAAGACGAAGGCUGGCUUGGACAUGAACGACGUCGCGAAGUCCUACAUGUGGUUGAGGCAAGCAAACAUACCUCAGCGCCAUCAAGACGACCUUCGGCUCCAAAUCCAUGGAGACCUCAGUCGCUUCAAUGACUUGAGGACCUUGGCGCUUCGGCUGGCCCACCGGACCGACAAGUCGAGCGACGCGUUCUACGAAGAAGCCCGCCACAGAGACUCGGCCUGGGACACGGGCUCCGAAUGGAACGAGACAUACUGGAGCGACGAUGGUUCAUGGCUCUAUGUCGAUGAGGACUACGAGGCCUAUGUCACCGAGGACUGGUACGGCGAGGAGGACUUCGACUACGGCUAUCCCGACCAGAGCGAGAGCUGGUACGAAGAUGAACACGCUCACUGGCCGGGCGAUCCUGACGGAGAACCUGGCCACCAAGGAGGAGACGAGGUCUACGCCGAGGACAACCACGACGGCGUCUAUAGUGGCAACUUUUCCGGCACAGAGAGUCCGAUCUCUCCGCAAUCAGAUGAUCUAUCAGGCAGCACUGCCAUGUGGUUCCCGCUGGCACAUGGCUGCGGACUGCCCUGUCCGAGGUACUAUGCCGACACACGCUACACGGACCAGAUUCGGCACGCGAGAGAAGGACUCCACCUCGGCGACUCCCCGGAGAAGACCCUUGCGCCCAAGACCGGUGGCGCGCAGUACUUCAACAUCGCUGCCGACAACGCCCCGGCAAGGAUCAGCGAUGAAGGAGAUUUCAUGAGUAUGGAGCGAGCAGCGACCAAGAUCUUCCGCGACGAGCCUACCGUGAAUGUGGAAGCUGGCGAGGCGGCCGAGUACUCUGGUGACCGAGUGGCAAAGACCUUGGAGUUCUUCUUCCGCAAGAGCCUCAAUGGAAAGGAGAUUCGGACACCACGGCACCAGAUGCACUACGGCCACAACGAAGCAGACAGUUUCGAUGUCUACCACACGGUGCAAGGCCGUCGCCGGCGUGGAUUGAUAAUCGAUCCCGGCGCUGCUAAUGGCCUGAUAGGGUCCGAAACGCUCAGGGACUUGAUGGACAACAUCGACAAGUCCGACGAGGUCAAGAAGUCGGUGAAAUGGAGCGAAAAGAAGUCCGAAGUGACUGGAAUCAGUGGUGCAGCAGACACCACCCUAGGGGAGAUUCGCAUCGGACUCCCAAUGAUCCCCGGCAUGGAGUCCGCGGCGUAUGUUGCAGAUGUUGUCGGCGGAGAGGCCAGCUGCUGCCCGGCUUUGGUUGGCAAUCCUGCCUUGGUAAAGAUGAAUGCUGUGAUAGCGUCGCACUGGUUCGAGAACAAGGACGGCCUCCUCAUUGUCCCCAAUGAUAACCACACAGGCGAGGCCGAUCGCUAUCACCUGAUCCGACUGCUGUACACCGACAGCAGGCACUACAUGAUGCCGCUUGAUGGCAUUACGGACCCUGUGGCCAGACGUGUGCAGGACUUGGUUUUUCAGGUCGGACAACAAGCCAGAGCCAAAGCGGAGUCAGUUUGCGGAGGAAUCAGAUCCGAAACCGCAGCAGUCACCUGGUGGUUCAGUUUUGUCGUCUAUGUCACCAUGUACCAGGAAUCGUCGUUUCAGAUGCCCACCGUGUACCAUGGGGACAGCUACCCAUGCGAUGUGACUGGGGACCAGCGCAGCAGGCUCGACAGAUACUACUCGACGGCCAAGGAGGAGUUCUACAGCAAGUCUGGAAAGAAGCCGGUGACUCCGGAGAAUUUUCACCGCUGGAAGUCCACGAAAGCAGCCAAGGGCCCCAUCCACCUUUGGGAGCUUUUCUCGGGGUCUGCAAGAUUGUCUUACGUCGCACUUUUGGCAGGUCUCUCAGUGGCUUUCCCCGUGGAUCUAAGAUAUGGAUGGAACCUUGGCAUUCCGGCGCACCAGGAAAUGAUCCUCGAGGCCCAAGACAAGCUUGACCCGAAGGUCAUCGUGAUGGCACCUUCCUUUGGUUCCUGGACGUCCCAAGCGGCAAACCUUUCGGCCGAGAACAAGGAGCGCUACCUCGCCGAGGAGACAGCAGCCGUGGGUUUUGUGAAGCUGCUGGCCGAGCGACAAGCACAGCGAGGUUGCGCUUUCGUGGUGGAACAACCGUGGACGAGCCCUUCAUGGAAGCACACCUGUUUGGCCACACUGGCCAGCGACAUACCUGGAUGUCGCACCCGGCAGCGCACCGAUCAGUGUUGUUUUGGAGCUGUUGAUGAGCACAACAUGCCCAUCCUCAAGGCUACGGGUCUUCAGAGCAACUUCUCUUUGAGAAACACCACUCGACGCUGCCAAGGUCACCGACUCGGCCAUGGGAGUCACACGGCGGGCUCCACUCGCGUGGUCUCUCAGUCCCACGCUGGUGUCUUCACUCACCAACUGUGCAAGGCCUUGAUCAAGGACGUACGGAAGUACCUCAAGGCCAUCGACUGUAAGAUUGAUGGCAUCUUUCACGCCGAUCAAGCAGGACGACCAGGCUCUUCUCGAGACCCGGCAGUACGAGCUGCAGUAGUCACACCACUGCCGCAGCUACUCGAGGAGUUCAGAGAGGCAGCUCUUCGUCGAGCAAACCUGGAUGAUGUUAAGGUGCAAUGGCCUGAAGGUGUCACACUUUCGUCUGUCGACUCACUCAUGUUCAAGCACCUGCUGCUCUGCCUUGUCGAGGACAGCGUCAAUGUGAUCUCGGAGACGGCCGGCAAGCACAACCAUUGGAGCCAGGACCCCGUGCAUCUCGGUGUUCUGCGGAAAGUCUUUGGAAAGGUCCUAGACGUCAAGGGUGUCUGCGUAACCCUUCAUGCAGAACAUUUCCCUCUACCGAUGCCUUUCCUGCGCACGGAGUCAGCACCCUUCCGAGUGAUCAUCCGUGGCGAGGUCAAGAGGUGGACAGUUAAGAAAGCCGAGGACCUCCGCACGUUUACGCAAGCCCAGCUCAAGGAGAAGGUUUUCUGUGAGGACUGGGUUAUCGCGGUCUUCGGCUCCACGGCCAAGGAUAAGGACUACUGGGAGAUUGACCGCCUCAGGGGCAAGGCCACGCGGCAUCACAUUCGUCCCCGCCAGGCGCUUUUCACGCCGAGGGAGGACGAAGGCCCAGUGUCCAUUGAAGAGCUCACCUCAUCCAGGACGACCACGGCGACACCCUACGACAAACCAGGCCCCAAGGUUGUGAUCAAGGACGAGUGGACUGGACGAGAUAGCAGCAGGGCAGCCAUCGAGGACGGCAGAUGGACCGGGACCACGGAGUUUGAAAUCCACGCACCCGCGGACGAUGACCCUCCUGAACAAGAUCCCGUUGUACGAGAAGCAAAUGCUCGCGAGGACGACAUGGACAAGGCUGAAGACGGCGAGGCUGAGCAACCCGAAGAAGUCGACGACGGCCAAGCGAUCGAUCCUCCUCGGAGAUCAAACUUUGACUUUCGUCGAGUACUAGUUCGACUUCCUCGUCUUGCCCGAGACGAUCCUCAACAGGCCAAGCGACUACUCCUUGGCCUACAUGAGCGUUUCUGGCACUCCGGUGCGGGCGACCUACAGACGAUGCUCACACGAGCUGGAAUGCCCGCCGACGUCACCAAGCUUGUUCCAGAAACCAUCGCGGCAUGUGCAGUGUGCAGACGCUUCUCCAAACUCAAGAGUCGUCCCAAAGUGCGAGCCAAUCACCCCUCCUGCUUCAAUGAAGAGGUGCAGGUUGAUUGGUUUCGUCUAUGGGACAAUUGGUUCAUGAUGGUCAUCGACGUGGCCACUCGGUACAAGACGAUCAUCAGGGUGCCCGGACGUGAUCUUCAGUCGGCCCUUCAGGCGCUGUUACAAGGAUGGUUUCGGUACUUUGGGCCGAUGAAGAAGCUAGUCUCAGAUCAGGAGUCAUGCCUCAUGUCCCACGAGGCAGCCGCGGAACUGGAACGACUCUCGAUACAUCGGGAGCCAGCAGGCACAACUCGUGGUGGUGCACAUGGGCAACACACGACGACUGGUGUGGUCGAAAAGCACACUGAUCUGGGCAAAAUAUGCAUGCUAAAGCUUCGUGCUGAAGCAGAACGACAGGGCCUGGACAUCAGCCUUGCAGACUUGGCGGCCGAGGCCAGCUUUGCGCAGAAUGCCACGCUCAACAUCGGCGGCUACUCUCCCCACAUGAUGGUGAUCGGCACUCUUCCGAUGCCGUUCUACGACUUCGAGGCGCCCGGCAUCCAAGCGAUCACAGGGGCUGGGCAUGCGAAUCCGUCGGUCUACGAACGAGCUCUACGGCUACGCCAGAUGGCUAUAACGGCAGCCUCUCAGUCGAUCAUGGAGAACCGCAUCGCUCGUGCCGGCCACACUCGACCUCAACGUGUCCCACUUGAUGAACUACAAGCAGGCACUUCGGAAGUCGAGUUCCACAGAGAAGAUGCCGAUGGCUUUGGAUGGCGUGGACCGGCCCUACUUCUGAAGCUCAACGAGAACGGCUCAGCGAUCGUUGAGUAUCAGGGCCGGCCGUACUUGAUCCCGCUGCGAAAUCUUCGGCUGUUCCGUGGGGUCUACUACAAUGACGGCGACUCGCUCAAGGCCGAUGAUGCAGUAAAGGGUCAAGAACUUGAAUCUUGGAUAGCUCUGCGACGCCUCAUGCAAAGCACGGAAGCAUGCAUCCCUUUCAAGAUCGAGACCUUCGGCCAUCUUCGCAACCAUCGAGGUAAAUGGAGCAGGCUCCCAAAACACAUGGCUGAGGAACAGAUCACAGGCAUCCUUCAAGACGUGGUCACAGCCUCACAGUUCCUCACCGCGAAACAAUGCCACGGCAUACGCGUUGGUGUUGGUCUCAAGAAGAUGUUCACUCCGGAAGGCUCGACGGGAACUUUGGUUGCCUGGAGAAGGAAAACAGUGAGAAUGUCCAUUGUGGACAAUCCUACGGGUUCGGACAUGAACACCAAUGGCUUUCGCUUGGGCAACCGCGAAGAGAUGUGUUACAUCUACUUCUACAGCUACGUGGAGAACUACGUGGAGCCUCCUUUCGAGACGUGGGUCCCAAAGGGAACGCCUAUGGAGGAGUCACCUGUGACUCCAACCUCUCCUGAGGAGCCACCAGCUGCUACCACUUCAGGAGCCAAACGAGACGGGCCGGAAACGAGGACGGUGACUCUAGGCCCGGAGACCAAGAAGCAGCGAAUCUACCACGCAACACCGCUGUCAGAGUGUAUGCCCGAAGUUUUUUGGAACAUGCACAAGCACCAGUGGCUUACUCAGCUUCCUGACGAGGACGUGGACCCCUCCGAGGAAGUCCCGACUCACCACUACGCAACCACCGACGCCAAGCAGCUCUUUUACAUGAGCUCACCUGGUUGGCAUGCGGACCUGCAGACCGGAAGCAUCUUUCGGGUGGACUCCACAACGGAUUCCAUCGAGGAGGCCGAUCUACCCGGUAUCUGGCCACAAGUGGAUGAGGCUGACCACAAGGAAAUCGGCCAGUUCGUGAAUGAGAAAGCUUUCAAGGCCGUUCGUCGCAGUGACCUUCCUGCUAACUGCGCCAUCAUCGAUGGCAUCUGGGUACGAAAAUGGAAGAAGACUGCUGACCUGAAACGCAUUGUCAAGUCCCGCAUGUGUGUCCGUGGCUGUCACGACCCAUGGAAGAACGAACUCAACAAUCGAUCAUCCACGGCCACCAGGCUGUCACAACGAUUGAUUUUGGUUGGAGCAGCCAACAGCCAAGACGACGACGUUGAAAGCUGGGACAUCGCAGGCGCUUUCCUCAAGGGACUUACCUAUGAAUCUCUCUGGAAAUGUCUGCGGAAACUUGGACUGCACACGGUGGAACGGCUCGUGGCUAUUGUGCCACCACGCAACGUAUGGAGGCACCUCAAGAAGCUGUCCAAGGAGUUCGACAUUCCCGAGGACCAGAUUGAUGAUUUCGUCUUACUAUGCCUGAAACCAGUUUACGGUCUCUCAGAGGCACCGCUGGCGUGGCAGCUGUUCCUUCACCAGUUUCUACGUGAACUAGGAGGCGUGCAGUCGUUGUUUGACGAGUGUUUUUGGUUUUGGCCUGCGCGAUAUGCUGGGACAUGGCCCACGGCUUCUCUCACCACUCAUGUGGACGACCUGGCAGCACGAGGUAGACGCGCGUGGCUGGACUGGGCCUACGCCAAGAUGUUGGAGAAGUUCGGCAAGCUCACUCGGCAAAGUCUACCGUUCAUGCACUGUGGGUGCCGAUACAGUCGUCUGCCAGAUGGCUACAAGGUGGACCAAGCGGAUUACGUCAAGAUGCUGAAGCCAGUCACCCUGGACACCAACGACAAGGAUGAACGUGAUCUUCUGCCACACGAGACUACGGCACUUCGGUCAGUGAUUGGUGGUCUUAUGUGGACAUCACUUACUCGUCCAGAUGUCCUGGCUGAACUGUCAACCUUACAGUCUGUCAUGAACAAGGCCAAGGUGCAGCAUUUGCGUUUGGCGAACGCUUUGAUUGAGCGGGCCAAGCAAGAUGUCGAUGCCGCGGUGUACUAUCGCGCACUGCCCUCUGCAAACUACCGCAUCGUCUGCAUUCAUGACGCGAGUGCGGCCACCGCGACCAAGAACUACGCCCAGGAAGGCGUUCUGGUUUUCCUCAUGGCGGACACAGUGAAGAUCGCGGAGGAGCACAUUGUUGCCACCGAUGCCUUUGCGAAGUACAAGCUGUCCGGACGGGCACAACUUCUUCAUAUGCAAAGCAACAAGGCUAAGAGGGUCUCAUAUUCCACUAGUCAUGGUGAGACCUUGGCGGCAAUCAACGGCCUGGAGUGCAGCACUUUGGUUUCAACUCGGCUCGCGGAAAUCACUAUGGGGCCGACGCGACCUACGCUACAACGACUACUCGCUGUUCAAGAACAAGGCUGUCCUUACUUCCCGGUCGAUGUGCACACUGACUGCCGCGACUUCUACGAGUUGACAACAGGGUCCAGAACUCUUCCACAAGACAAGAGCCAACGGCUCUACAUCAUGGCCCAUCGUGAGGCCCGUGCCAGCGGAAGGAUCAGAUGGACUAUCCUUACGCCUACCGAGUGCAUGACUGCUGAUGCUCUCACCAAGGUUAUGCAAAGUCCAUGCCUGAUGAAGUGGCUAUCCACUGGUAUUGUCGAGUUCUGGAACACUGGUCACCCUCUCGAGCUUAAGCGUUUGCCUCCACCAACGGACGGCUCCACCGACUUCGAUGAAGAAGACUUGAUCGCUGGUGACGACGCGCUCAAGAAGAACCGAAAAUGGCCGAGCACCAUGUCCACGCUCGGCUACGUCAUGUACAUGAAUGGAUGGUAUGGCCUGGCAACAAUGACCAUGUUGGCUACACCUGCUGCAGGACAACCUCUACCUCAACGACCGCUGCAGGAACCAGAAGGCGACUACACGAUCCUCCUCAUUCUCAUGCUCAUCGUUAUCGCUUCCAGCGCCACGGCUAUACUGGUUGUCGGUGGUUCUGUGCCAUGCUUGGAAGCCUGGGAGGAGACGAAGGAGGCAGGUUACCAAGCGCAAGGCGCAAGUCCGUCCGUGUUGCUUUCGCCCUGCCGGCUUUGCAUGCAGCCCUGGAUGAAGGCCAGCGACAGCGCAGAGGCACCUGCCCCAAAGAAAGGUCGGGCAAAAGCCAAGGCUGAGGCCAAAGAGAAGGCGGAAGCCUAA